AUGACGCCACAAACACCUUCAGCAACACAGUACGGUGGCAGUGACUGGAAUGCUCAGUUGGCGAUCAAUCUAAUGAAGCGCAUCAAAUGGACACUCGUUGUGCUAAUGAACUUCUACAUCCUGCUGGUCUCACUCCACCCCCGUGGUGGCAUGGUGUAUGCCAUGGAGCACUUGUUUGUGAUCUCCAUCACUACGCCAGUCAUGUACAUCACUGUGUACAGCCUCAGCACCAUGUUCAUGAAGACCUCGUACAAGCAGAUGAUAGUCUUUACCCCCAUCGUUACCAUAGCAACCACUGUAGCCUGCACGGCUUCAUCGAUCAAUGGCGGAAUGAGCUAUUUCUUGGUGUUUGUGCACCUUUUUGGUCUGGUAGUGGACAUGUACGGGUACACUGAAGUGUUCCGUCCGUUUCUGAAUGACAUGGGGUUGGACGUCGACAGUCUACUGAAGCCCAUGCCCAACAGUGACAUGAAGUCUGAGGGGUAUCACCGCAGGAAGACCAUGGCUGUACACUACAGCAGGCGAGGCAGCACAGUCACAGACGACAACGACCGCAACGGUCAACAAGCGUAA